AGAGGAGGAGUGUGUUUAAAAUCUCUGCUGACAUCCUACUUAGACUUAAGGUGCUGUCUGUUUAGCAGCCGGGUCCAGACCGGAGCCACGCAGGACACACACGGUCUGUUUUCCCUCUGGCAGGAUAAAUUGGAAGACGAGAGCGAUGUACCGAUCCUCUGUCCUGGAGAACAAGGAGCUGGUGGCUCUGUACGGAGCAGAAGGAAACCAUUGCUUUGCCAAGGAUGAGGACUUUAUCAGUGAGGAGUGCGAUCUGGAUUGCGAGUGCAGCGAGGAUGGAAAAGGCGGCAGAGGCAUUCGCAGCUCGGUCUCCCUGGAAAUCUACGGCCUGCAGAGGGAGGAGCGGGUUCGUUUCUCCAACCAGGACUACUGCAUGAGGCUGGAGGCCCUGAAGAACGCUCACCUGAGGAACGUGGCUGAGCUGGAGAGGAUGUACGUCAGCCAGGGCAAGGACCGGCCCACUGUGGAGGAUGAGGGGAGUCUCAGGAGAUGGAGGAACAAAGAGGAAAGACAGUCCUUCAGUGGGCCUAGCAGGAGACUACAGAGGAUCAAUUCCCAGGAGGAACUGGACUUCCAUGAGACUUCAAGUGGGUCUGAUCAAUCAGAAGUCUGCGGAGAGGACGGCAUGGGGGAACUGGGCUGGACUCCCAGCCAUGGAGGACCUUUUGCGAGAGACACCGUGGCGAGCCCAGAUCAACGGAGAGCCCAGAAGCACUACAGGUUCAAGCCGAAGACAUCCUGUCUCAAACCUCAGGGAAGAGCGUCCUGUCAGAGCGGUGCCAGGGUCCGGUCCAACAAGGUCACUGUGCCCAAACCCUUCCAGAUGAUGCUGAGGGAGGAGGAGAGGAAGAGGCACAAGGUGCGGACGCGCUCGGAGCUGGAGCUGGAGAACACGCUGCUGAGACAGGAGCUGGAGGAGCUCCGAGAAUGCCAGAAAAAGUUCAGAGCAUCUCCUGCCCCAGCACACAUCCACGUGCCUCUUUAUGAAAUGAUCAGCCGCCGCCACAGGGGCCGAAGUACUAACGUCCGUGAAAGCUGCAAGGCACCUGCCGGCGUCUCGCCGCAGCCUUUCCACUUCUUGGAAAGAGAGAGGAGGAAGAGGGAGGCCAAGAUCAUCGCAGAGCUGGGGAACUUUGGGCGGAAGGAGGAGCGGCAGGCCUUCAAGGCCAGGGCCAUGCCCAGCUCGGUGUACGGCACCAGGAGCAGAGCAGACAGCAAGAGCAGCCAGCACCAACCUGACACCUUCUGCAUGCUGGAGAGGGAGGUCACCGACGGCCAAAGUGAUCAAAGCUCUGACUUGGAGGACAUCCGACAGUUGGACACCUCUCCUGACUCCAACAUGUCUCGGAGAAGUUCCUCCUCCAAGUCAGUGAAGAAGCAAAUAGAGCUGUCCAUUGAGAUGGUGAAGGAGAGGAAGUGGUCCUAUGUGGACCCGCUCAUGAACAUCUGCUCAUCUCUGCAGCCGGGGGGAUCAGAACCUCUCCUCAGCAACACAACCGACUACAUAAGUGUGUGAGAGCUCUGCUCAUAGUGCAGAGGGAGAAGUGGAAAAAUGUGCAACAGUAGUAGCUACAGUACAGUUUUGGUGUUAUCUUGAUUACACAUUUCUGCAGUUACAUGAUUAUCAAACAGUGGUAGCUGUUUAAAAUGCUAUGCAUAGACCGCUCUGUCUUGUGAGUAUUGUGUGUUCUGACCUAAAUAAAUGCAGAGAUCAUUUAAUGGCUCUGAAGUUUGUUUAUUUUUUUAUUUCAGUGUUUUUUUUUUAAGGAUAAAACACCCUCAAAUAAUCUUCUCAAAGCCGCUUAACAGUUUUGAUUGGGGGGGGGGGCAAAGCAUUCUUGAUGGGCCCUUGUGGCCUAAACAUCCCCGUUAAAACAUGAUCGCUAAAAAAAAAAUGCCACAGACCAGCCUCUCUGACACACAACCACAGCACGCAGCACACGGUCAGUCAUUAUGUCAAACCUAAUUAUAAGCCUAAUGCAGACUUUAAGAUAUAGGUAUCAAACUGGAGAUAAAAAUCAAAUGACAUCCAGUGAUUUUGGAUUCAAUACAGCGGAGUAGCACAAUUCAAACACAUGUGUUCAACCUACACCUACCCCCCCC